AUGUCUAAGCAAGGAGACGACUGCUACUUCUAUUUCUAUUCCACCUGUAACAAGGGAGACAGCUGUUCCUUCCGCCACUGUGAGGCUGCUCUGGGCAAUGAGAGAGUGUGCAGGCUGUGGCGGGAGGGUCGCUGUUUCGGGACUAGCUGCAGGUUCAGACACAUGGAAGUCGAAAAAAAACGCAGUGAGAUUCCUUGCCACUGGGAGAAUCAAGCAGCUGGCUGUCAAAAAUCCAACUGCGCGUUCCGUCACACGAAAGGACGUUAUGUCGACGGACGCUUCUUCCCGCCAAGCAAAACUACGCUUCCAAGUCCCCCUGAGUCUGCAGAAGAUGCUGUGAAAAUGGCUCAGGCGUCACUGCAGCAAAACAAACUUUCUGUCCAGUCAAAUCCCUCUCCGCAGCUGAGGGGGGUGAUGAUAGUGGAAAACUCUGAAAAGGUCCCAAGUCCUACGCAUCCUCCAGUUGUAAUCAAUGCUGCAGAUGAUGAUGAAGAUGGGUACUUUUUACUUCCUGAAGACCAGCUUUCUGAAGAAGGAGGUGAAACUAAAACAGCUGUCCAGCAACCGGCAACAGAAGCCCCUAGUGGAUCGCGGAUAAUUUCCACUAGGAAAUGCAGCGCUAAUACAAAGCAAGAGGACAAUUUAAAUUUUGGAAUAAAAACAGUUAAAGAAAUCAAAUUGAAGAAACUAAAGGAAAAAACAAAAAACCAAGGUGAAGGUCCUUCAGGAGUUUCUGUUCCUCCGCUCCAAUCUCGGGCUGUUCCUGUGCCAGAAAAGGAAAUUGUACGGACGGUAGUGAGAACUGUGACUCUGUCUACAAAGCAAGGGGAGGAGCCUGUGAUUCAACUGAACCUUGGUGAGAGGAUGGGAAAACGGAAAGCCUCCAUAGCUGGUAAAAGUGUCCUUCCGCUAAAGCGCAACCUUGCUGACAGGCUGGGGAAGAAGACAGAGGUUCUGGAGAAUGCUGACAAAGCAGCAAAGAGAGUUCAAGUCCCCAGGUCUCUGAAGGAGAGGCUAGGACUGCCCUCUGAGCAGACCAGUACAGAGACAGAUAAGAACUGGCUAUUAAAGAAGGCUGCUAAGCCAGCAGGAGAGAUCCAUGUGAAAACAGUGGAGGAAAUUCGACUUGAGAGAGCUCAUCGGAGACGAGGAGAACCUCAAGGGAAACCCCAGACUGAAGGACGUUGUAAAACAGAAGAUCCCAGCUCGGGGGCAAGACCUUCCCCUGCAGUUCGUGUGAAAACUUUCUCAGGAUCCCUGGCUGAAAAAAACCACAAGCGAUUGGAAGGAGAGAAGCGAAAACCAGAAGAGUUUCCUACCGAGACAAAAGUUGAGAGGAAACCCAAGAAGCAGAGCAUACUUGCUCCGUCUGUGCUCAGCCAAGUGCGCCCGGCAGAGCCGGCAGGUAAAGCCAAGCCAGCAGGAGAAGUGCGUGUUAAAACCUUGGAAGAAAUCAAGCGGGAGAAAGCUCUGCGGAUGCAGCAGAGUGGAGGAAAAGUGCCAGCUCCACCAGCACAACCUGAACCUGCCCCGACAGGGAGGAGGUUGUUACGGAUCACAAAGCUAAUAGCACCUGGAAGAGAAGAAAAGAAGAUAGUGGAAUUGAGCAAGCCUUUUCCCAAAGCUGUCUCUGCACCCGCAGAGAGUGCAACUAAUUCCAAAGUUCAAGUGAAGAGCCUUGAAGAGAUAAUGUGGGAGAAGCGGCAGCUGAAGCAACGCCAAGAAGAGAAGCUUCAGAAGGAAGCAGCUGCUGUGCCAUCUCCUGUUGAACAGGCAAUCAAGGAUAAAAGUCGAGCAUCAGGGAGUCCUGAAUCCAGUGUGGUUUCAGGGUCAGCUUAUCAGCUUCCAAAGAGGAUAUUGGUGAAAUCUCCGGGAGAUGGGGUUGAAAGCCCAGGAAAGGGUGCUGCCGUAUCACCAGGGAAACGGGCAGCUCAACUUCUGGAAUGGAAAGCUGAAAGAGGCAAACUGGAAGAUGAAGUUGAUGUGGACCCAGAGAAUGAGGAGGAUGACUUCUUCAUGGAAAUUGGUGAACUGAUUGACGGCUGA